AUGGCUAGUAUUAUUAUUGGUUCACAAUGGGGUGAUGAAGGUAAAGGUAAAUUAGUUGAUAUCCUUUCUCAACAAUUCGAUGUUGUAGCAAGAUGUCAAGGUGGUGCUAAUGCAGGUCAUACAAUUGUUGUCGAUGGUAAAAAGAUUGCCCUCCAUUUAAUUCCAUCAGGUAUUUUAAAUGAAAAAGCAUCCUGUAUCUUGGGUAAUGGUAUGGUAAUUCAUUUACCAACCUUUUUCAAAGAAGUUCAAGGUCUUCAAGAUAAAGGUAUCAAUUACAAAGGUCGUCUUUUUGUUUCCGAUCGUGCUCAUUUAGUAUUUGAUUUACAUCAAAUGAUUGAUGCAAUGAAAGAAGCUGAACUUUCAAAUGGUACUUCAAAUGAUUCAAUUGGUACCACUAAAAGAGGUAUUGGCCCUUGUUAUUCUUCAAAAGCAUCAAGAGGUGGUUUAAGAGUUUGUGAUUUAUAUUCACCAGAACAUUUUAGAAAAACAUUUACAAGAUUAGUUGAAAAUAAACAUAAAAGAUUUGGAUCAUUUGAAUAUGAUGUUGAAGCUGAAUUAAAGAGAUACCAAGAGUUUGCAGAAAUGUUGAAACCAUUUGUAAUUGAUUCCGUUUACUAUUUAAAUCAAGCAUUCAAAGAUGGUAAGAAAGUAUUGAUUGAAGGUGCUCAAUCAACCAUGUUGGAUUUAGAUUUCGGUUGUUAUCCAUACGUUACAUCAUCAGCAUCAUCAGUUGGUGGAGCUUGUACUGGUUUAGGUAUUUCACCAAAUAAGGUUGUCACUCAAAUUGGUGUUGUCAAAGCAUACACUACCAAGGUUGGUUCAGGUCCAUUCCCAACCGAACAAAAUGAUCACGUAGGUGAUUCAUUACGUAAAGCCGGUAGUGAAUUUGGUACAACCACUGGUAGACCAAGAAGAAUCGGUUGGUUAGAUGCUGUCGUUUUGCGUUACACCAGUAUGAUCAAUGAUUUCACUCGUUUAAAUCUCACCAAAUUAGAUGUCCUCUCUGACUUUGAAGAGAUUAAAAUCGGUGUUGACUAUAAAUAUAAAGGCGAAACUAUCAAAUCUUUCCCAGCCUCUUUAGAAACACUCGCCCAAUGUGAAGUUGUCUAUGAAUCUUUCCCAGGUUGGAAAUGUGAUCUCUCUCAUGUUACCGAAUAUGAUCAACUCCCAAUUCAAGCUAAAAACUAUAUCAAACGUAUCGAAGAAUUAGUUGGUGUACCAAUCGUUUACAUUGGUGUUGGUGUUGAAAGAAAGAAUUUAAUUGAAAGAAAAGAAUUAAUUUAA